ACAUGAAGCCUGUCAAUGAAAAGAAAACAGGUACGAAAAUAGUCGAAGAAAGUUUUUCGACCACGAAAGGCGUUCAUCCAGGAUUUCCUUCCGACUGUCAUACAUAUACUGAUAUUUGUAUAUUUCGGCGAGGGACCGGUCAAUGAUCAAUCCGCUGGCCUGCGUGUAAAUCCCGUACAAUAUCAACCGUGAUCUCAGAUCACGCAGAGGUUUUUUUUAACAGAUACGGGUUGUUACGCUUAAAAUAGACCUACUUCUUAAAUUUAAUAGAUUGGAGCUACGCUUGAUUCAACAAGUUCAAUGGAAGCGUGGAAACACAUGACCUCGCGUGCUAUCGUGAUACAAAACUGACUUACUAAACAUGACAUAUGAUCGUUAUUGACAAGUGAGAAAACGGGGAAGAUAACAUUCCAUUUCAAAGGGAUCCAGUAUGAGUAACACAUAUGAAGAUCCAGCAUCACGUCCACUAUUUGGUGACCCACAGCCAAGGGAUCGCAUGCUGAACCUUGUUGUCGCGGUAUUUACCAGUAUUAUAGUAGCAGUUACUUUGGUCAGUGCGUUCAUCUUUCCAAAAUGGCCGCCUGAUGGAACCAACGUUUUCUUUGCCAUCAUUAUAGUUUUGAUCUGCGCUUCACAUUUGCUUUUGAUUUACUGGUACAGACAAGGUGACCUUGAGCCAAAGUUUCGGACCAUGAUCAUUUACAACGCAUUCACCAUCAUUUUGCUAUGUGUGUGUGGUAAUUUAUACAUUCAUGGAGUCGGGAUAGAAAAGACUGGCAAAUAAACAAUCAGGAAAAUAUCACGAGAGACAAUGUCCAUUGUUUGUGUACAAUGUAUAAAUAUGGCAUGAAAGUCAAAGACUUUUUUGGCAAAGAGGAUUUUCUUCUUUUUUUUUUCUUUUUUAUGUACACACACCUUGCAAGUUUGAUUUUAUCAUUGCUUUAGAUUCUGUCGAGUGUUGUUCAUUCUAGUUUUAACUUUCUUGUGUUAUUUCUCCAUAAUAAGAAUAAAUUAAUCAUAAUUGAAAAUAUGAACAUUCAUAGUACUGUGAACGUAAUAAAGAAAAGAGUUCUGUUGGGUGAAAGCAUGGUGUAGGAUGAAAGAUUUAAUCGGAAAUAUUGUGUCAUAAACUAUGAAUUGUUUUUGUAAUACGUUGACAGUAAAUGUUAAUAAGAUACAUAUUCUGUAAAUCACUUAAAUUUCACGAAUACUUUAUUUAAUACUUCAGACAUAUUCGAAAAUACAUGAUUUUGCAAACACUGAUCUAGAAAUGACUUUAAAAUCACAAAUGAUGAGCUAUUGGAUUCAUGGACUCUGCAAGACUCCUAUAUCGCUAACCAAUAGCAUAGUUGCCAUACAGAGUAGUUAUCUUCGAACAAAUAUUCGCAAUAGAUUUUGAUUAUUAGUGAUUGACUCUCCUCAGAUAUUAACACAAAAAUUAACUUAAUACGAAAUAUAUGAGAUUUACAGAAGUUCUAUCUAAAGAAUGUAGUGUUUCAUUCUCCACAGUAAGUAUGUCUGUCUGUACAUAUGUAUAACCAUUGCAUCUUAUUUCUGAUUUAUUUAUUGUUUUAGUCGAGUGUCACCUGUUAAUAGUGUGCUAUAACAUGUACUUGUAACUUGAGAUGUAAAUUGCAGUCAUCCAGGAGUGUGCUAUAUAUACCUCCUGUUUCAGGAGUACAUUCCUACCGUUAUGCUGUAAAUGACCAAAAAAAUAUAUUUUUAUGUAAAUUCUCUGAGAUUAUCAAUAGCUUAUUCAGAUAUCUUGAAAAUCCUUUAUAAGUUAAUAACUGUAGUGCUUUCAAGAAUUAGUUUCUAUUUUUACUAGUCAGUCUAAUACUUCUCUCAAAUUUGACGGGAGUAUCAUGGUAUAUAUGCCUCCAUCUGUCUGUCUGGCAUAAGUUUGUUUGGAGGUCUCCUCCUAUAACUUUUGACUGAUCUCUGUGAAACUUGGUGGGCUUUAUAACCAUGAUAUUUAGUUGUAACGCCAUUUUGAUUUGACUAUUUUUGCAGAAGUUAUUGCCCUUUGUUUAUAUCAGUAUUUGAUUUUUGUCAGGAAGUCUCCUCCUACAUUUUUCAGCUGAUUUCUUUGAAACUUGGGAGGCGAUAUAACCAUGAGAUAUAGUUGUGUUUCCCUGAGAGGCAUUAUCAUUUGACCAUUUUGGAAAAGGUAUUGUGCUGGUGUUUGAUUUUUUUCCCCUCAAAAUCCUACAUUUUUCGAAGGAUUUCUUUGAAACAUUGUACGCUUUUUAAUAUUGAUAUCAUGUUUAAUGAGUUGGAGACUACUUCAGUAACUCCUGAUUAAUGGUAUUUCUCAAAGUGUUAGAAAAUUUAACAUUCACGACUUUCAUGACUUUGUAGUGAAAGGUAAGG